CUUUGGAGGCCCUGCUCCUGCUCCUGACUCACCAAGUUGCUCAGGAAGCCGCACUGCAGCCAUGGCUUUUAAAGACCCCGGGAAGACACCCGUGGAACCAGAGGUGGCGAUUCACCAAAUGAGAAUGACUCUACCCAGCCGCAACAUAAAAUCUUUGGAGAAGGUAUGUGCUGACUUGAUCAGAGGCGCAAAGGAAAAGAAUCUCAAAGUGAAAGGACCAGUUUGGAUGUCUACCAAGACUCUGAGAAUCACUACAACAAAAACUCCUUGUGGUGAAGGUUCUAAGACUUGGGAUCAUUUUCAGAUGAGGAUACACAAACGACUCACUGAUUUGCACAGUCCUUCUGAGACUGUUAAGCGGAUUACUUCCAUCAGUAUUGAGCCAGGAGUUGAGGUUGAAGUCACCAUUGCAGACGCUUAAAUCAACCUCUUUAAU